AUGGCCUCACUCGCUCAAGGGGAAUAUCCGCCCCAGCUAAAGGGUGAGGAGCAGCGGCAUCUCAUAGACACUGUCAAGGACUGGACAAUCGGCAACGGUCUAGCCGUUCGGCCCCCCCCCGCCGUCAUCCCCAGCGAGGUCGAUCCCAACGGUGUCUCUGCCGUCAGUGCGCCCGUCACUCUCUUCCCCAGCCCGUUCCCCCGCGUGUGCUUCGAGCAGGGUGUUCUGGCGCAGAAGUCUUACAAUGAGCUCUACUCCGCCGUCAGUCGUGACGAGAAGUUUCUCGAGGAAAUGGUCAAGGAAGUAGCCGGUGGCGAUGAGUUUAUCGGUAACCUCUGGAAGAUCCACCUCAAGGUCAAGGAGGAGGGAUACACGCAGUCCAGGUACCUGGCCGACACGGAAUACCCGCUACUGCAAAACUGGGUAUCCGACGUGCAGCAGGACCUGCCUGAAAACACGACGACAAAGGGCUUGGCGCAGGGUAUAGAGACGGCAUUCCGCGCAUAUGGCGAGUCAGAGCUGGGCCAUGCCAAGUGCGUCGUCUUCCUAACGCAGACGGGGGAACGCAACAUCUUUGAUCAGCGCCACCUCGAGUACCAGGUGGCCAAGGCUCGACCGUCAUUCCCCGUCUUCAGGCUCCCGCAUGCUGACCUGCUGGAGCACACGUCCCUCGCCGAUUCUCCCAAGCGCCAGCUCCUAUACCGGCUGCCGCGGGACCCGUCCAAGGUGUACGAGGUGGCAGUCGUGUACCUCCGGUCCGGCUACGACCCGUCCGACUACCCGGACCAGGCGGCCUGGGACGCACGGUACCAGCUGGAGCGAUCGGGCGCCAUCAAGUGCCCCACAGUCCUGACGCAACUGUCGGGUACUAAGAAGGUGCAGCAGGUCCUGGCCACUCCGCGAGAGGUAUCGUCCUCGUCGGUGUCGAUCCUGUCCAAGUUCAUCAAGGACGACACGCCCGCUGCUGCAGAGCUGUACAAGACCUUCACAAACAUCUACCCGAUGGACACGUCCGUGGCUGGGCUGGAGGCGCGCAAAAAGGCUCUCGACCCAGAGCUAGCCAAGGCCUACGUACUCAAGCCGCAGCGUGAGGGAGGCGGCAACAACAUCUACCGCGCCGCCAUCCCUGAAUAUCUCAAGACGGUUCCCGAGGAGCACUGGGGCUCGUACAUUCUCAUGGAGCUCAUCACGCCGCCACCCGUGUCAAACAUCAUCCUGCGCAACGGCAACGUAGAACAGGGCGGUGUCAUCUGCGAGCUGGGAAUCUACGGCACCUGUCUCUGGGACCAGGUGACGGGCGACGUCAAGCACAAUGAGCAGGCGGGCUACCUCUUACGUACCAAGGGCGACCAGAGUGAGGAAGGCGGCGUGGCUGCAGGGUACGGAUGCAUGGACAGCUGCGCUUUGAUAUAA